AACAAUGAGCUCUGCAGUCUGUUCGCCAGCCGCAGACAGUGCCUUUGGGCCUGUGGUCGAGGGUUGUCGACAAAACUUCGACUUUACCCUCGCGUUCGAGUCCUACCUUUUCUCAAUCGUACCUUCUGUAUUGUUGCUUUGUUUUGCGCCGUUGAGGUUCAAGACGCUUAGUCGUGUGCGACCUAAGACCAAAGGCACUGCCUUCAAAUAUGUCAAAUUGUUGGCAUUGAUUGGUCUCUUCGCCAACAACACUCAAUUGCAAGCAUGGAAACCAUCAAUGGCAGCUUCUGUGCUAUCCUUUGGUUCGAGCAUUGCUCUUCUCACCCUGUCAUACAUGGAGCAUUCAAGAUCUCUUCGACCAUCCCUGUUACUCAAUGGCUAUCUCUUCGCUACCGUUAUACUCGAUGCUGCGACUCUUCGAACACUCUGGUUGAUGCCACACUUCUCUCUCCGCAUCCGCAACAUCUUCACGGUGGCGUUUACCGCAAAAGCCGUGGUUCUGUUGCUUGAGGCUAGAGGUAAAAGAGCUUACUUUAACACAGAGAGGGACAUGAGUCCGGAAGACUUCAGUGGUAUCUAUGGUCAAGCACUCUUAUCUUGGCUGAACAGCUUGGUCUGGAAGGGUGCUCGCCACGUAUUGAAGCCAGAGGAUCUGUAUGCCAUCAGUGAUGAUGUCGCAUCAGAAACGCUCAGCACUCGAUUUUCCCAAGAAUGGGACAAACCCGACUUGAAGAGAGUCCUCUUUGUGUUGUUGAAGUGGCCAAUCUUGGUCCCGAUCAUCCCUCGGCUGGCUCUCCUGGCUCUUACUUUCUGCCAACCUCUGCUGCUGAGGAGACUACUCGACUAUCUGAACAACUCAGACGUGGAAGACAAGAACAUUGGCUAUGGACUGAUCGGUGCCUAUUUUGUUGUGUACGUUGGUCUCGCUGUGAGUUAUAUUGCUCAUACUAAACGUGUUUUGCCUUCUGAUAUUCAAUACAGANCUACAUCGGCUAUUUACUGGCACAGGCAUUACAGAUUCCUAAGCAUGCUCCGCGGUACACUGAUAACAGUAGUUUACGGCAAAGCUACCGACAUCGUCGCCGUGGCCAAAGACAACAAGGCUUCUAUCACACUGAUGAGCACGGAUGUCGAACGCACUAUUCGUGGUCUGAUUGACUUGCACGAAAUGUGGGCAAACAUCGUUCAGGUCGCUAUUACCACAUGGCUGCUCGAGGUAGAGCUCGGUGCUGCAUGCGUAGGCCCUGUCGUCAUUGCGUUGGGUAGGUUUUCACCUUUCCGAUUCUCGUACCUCUGUCUGAUUGUUGGCNUAGCCACGACUGGUACCACCGUAUGGUUCUCUGGAUAUACUGCUUCGUUCCAGCUUCUUUGGAUCGAUAAAGUUCAAGCGAGGAUUGCUAUCAAGCUUUCUGGCCUGAACUCGAGGGUAGCGAGUCUCCUACGUCAGUCUCGUGUCAAUGAGCUUGACGCUGCAACACGCUUUCGUACUCUUUCCUCAAUCUCAGUCGCGAUAGGGAACGUGCCUCAGCUUAUAGCACCUGUCCUGACCUUUGCGAUCUAUAUUGGUGUCUCCUCCAAGCAGCACACUGCACUUGAUACAACCAAGUUGUUCACAUCGCUUGCUCUUAUUCUUCUUGCAUCUGAACCUAUGUUUAUGCUGAUCAGUGGCCUUAUCGAGUUACGCUCGGCGAUUGGCUGCUUCGCACGCUUAGAAACCUUCUUGCAGGCUCCAGCACGAUGCGAUACUCGAACCAUCGUACUUCCUCAACCGAGCCAUAUUCGCUCUCUUACUGGAACCAACNCCCCCAGUACCGUCGUAAUGCGCAAUGCUUCCUUUGGCUGGAAAGAUGGCGAUCAAUUGACCAUCAAGAAUGUCAGUCUUCGUGUACCUGUCUCAAGCUUAGUCAUGAUUACAGGCCCCGUCGCUUGUGGCAAGAGCACUUUAUUGAAAGGCAUACUUGGCGAGACACCCCUAUCAGAAGGAAUGGUCGAACUCUCGAGCUCUGACAUCGCAUGGUGCGAACAAUCUCCUUGGCUGAUGUUUGAUCCGGAACUCUACUCAUCAGUGAUCCACGCUUGUGAUCUUGAUAGCGACUUGGAAGUAUUACCAAAGGGUGAUGCAACGGCGAUCGGAAGCAAAGGCUUCGCUUUGAGUGGCGGGCAGAAACAACGCAUCGUAUGUCUGACCUGUAACCAAACUGAUCGGNCUCUGGCUCGCGCUGUUUACUCAAGAUGCCCUAUCGUGGUUCUCGACGACGUCUUCAGCCAACUGGAUCUGAGUACUCAGACUAUCGUCUUCGAACGUCUCUUUGGACAGCGGGGUCUGCUGCGCAGAUGGAAGACGACGGCUAUCAUGACUACUGGUGCAGCCAAGUUCUUCUCUCGAGCCGACCUCGUCAUUGUUCUCUCUUCGAAUGGCACAGUCGAGGGACAGGGCACCUUCCAGGAACUGUGUGCUGCGGGUAGCAACGCGACCAAAUCCAUAACCUCGAUUGAAGCUAGCUCUGAAGAUCAAGCAGCACCGGGCUCUACGACUGACAAAGAGUCUAUCGGUGUUGGAAAGCCACACCUCGCCGAGAGUGAUAACAAGGUUGACGACAAGACUUUGGAAGCAGCACGCCAGAAAGGUGACUUUGGUAUCUACAAGUACUACUUCGCAUGCAUCAGUCGGACUGUAGCAGCCAUCUUCCUUCUAUUACAGCUCGCGUAUGCGUUCCUCUGUACUUUCCCUAAAGCUGUCUGGCUCAAGUGGUGGACGGAUUCGAACAUGCAAGAAUCUCACUCGAAAUACGGCUAUUACAUUGGAAGUUACACAGCGCUACAGAUCGGAGCUCUAGUGCUUUCUGCUGCAGUCACUUGGUGGUCUUUCAAUGUAAUGGCUGUCAAGACAGGCAUCCAGCUACACAAUACCCUUGCUAAGACUGUCAUGUCGGCACCGCUCUCAUUCUUCAGCAAGGUCGACAGUGGAAGUAUAUUGACAAGAUUCAGCCAAGACAUACAAUUGCUCGAUAUAUCCUUACCACUAGCUCUCAUGGUGGUCGCCACCAAUACACUUAUCUGCCUCGCUCAAGUAGGGCUAAUCGCUUCAGCUUCUGCCUGGAUAGCUUUGAGCUUCCCAGCAUUGUUUUUUGUCUUCUAUGUCGUCCAAGGGUUCUACCUGAGGACGUCGAGACAGAUGAGACACCUCGAUCUCGAGGAGAAGGCUCCAGUGUAUACGCAAUUCAUGGAGACCCUCGAUGGGUUGGUGACCAUCCGUGCGUUCAACUGGAGCCAGCCAUCCAUCAAACACAACUUUGAAAUCGUGGACCGCUCUCAGAAACCCAACUACCUGAUGUGGGCACUCAAAAGAUGGCUAGCAUUAGUGCUCGAUCUAGUCAUCACCGGCAUUGCAGUUUUGACAGUAGGCAUUGUUAUCGGUCUGCGAGAUAGCUCUUCGCCAGGGUUUACUGGUGUUUCGCUGACACAGAUCAUCUCGUUCACCGCUAAUAUCAAACUCUUGAUCAUGUUCUGGACACAACUCGAGAGUUCUCUGGGCGCAGUGGCUAGAAUCAGACAGUUUGAGAAGGAGACUGUUGCUGAAGACCUAGAGAGCGAGACCCAUGAUCCUCCGUUCAAUUGGCCUAGUCAAGGCUCGAUCAAGAUCAACAAUCUGUCAGCGAAGUACAACGAGCGUAUGACACUGGACGACAUCUCCAUUUCUAUCCCAGCAGGCUCAAAAGUCGGCUUGUGUGGUCGAACAGGAAGCGGCAAAAGCUCUCUUCUUCUCACCAUCUUCAAUCUUUUGACCCCAGAAUCAGGCAACGUUGUCAUGGAUGGCCUUGACCUAUCGACCGUUCGUCGCGAAACACUGCGCUCUCGCCUGAUUUGUAUUGCCGAGGAACCCUUCCUUUUCCCAACCAGCGUUCGGGAUAACCUUGCUCUCGACUGCACUACUCUCACUGAUGAAUAUAUGGUUAUGGUGCUGCAGCAAACAGGGCUUUGGGAGGCUGUCAAUGCAAAAGGAGGAUUGGAUGCGAAGAUGGAGGAUGUACACCUGAGUCAAGGAUCGAAGCAACUUUUCAACAUCUCCAGGGCUUUGCUGAGAAAAGAUGAAGGCAAAGUGUUGAUCAUGGAUGAAGCUACCAGCAGUAUUGACACUGAGACGGACAUCAACAUUCAGUCGCUCAUUAUAACAGAAUUUUCUGAACACACUAUCAUCUCGGUAGCUCACAAACUGCAAACCAUCGCUGGGUUCGACUUUGUGGGCGUCAUGGAUCAAGGCAAAUUGGUCGAAUAUGACGACCCGAAGAAAUUGUUGAAGCAAGAAGGGUCCAGAUUUAAAGAGUUGUGGGAUGAGCGG